AUCAGUAAAAAAAAAAUGUUCCUGUUUAAAUCAUCCGCAAAUAAUGAAGAAACUACUACCAAAACUGAAUAUAAAUCAAAAUUUCCAUUUGUUCGCCCGAAAGAAUCCGAACGAAAAUUUGUUAGCCCUGUCAUUGAGAAAGUCAUAAAAGAUAUAACUUCGAAUAUGAAAGAUAAAGAUUUGGCAAGAUUAUUUGAAAAUUGUUGGCCAAAUACCUUAGGUAGUGCAAUGUGGCUGAGAGAUUCGACAAAUCAAAUUAUCUCUUAUAUCCCUUACGCAAAAUGUGAUGAUAAAUUGAAAAAUCUUAUUUUAGGUGUUAUAUAUAUGCAAGCAGAGUUAAUUAUCAGUUCUAAACUUCCUCAUCCAAAAAAUCCAUGGUCAAAAACUGAUAUCACAACUCCACCUCCUUCAAGUGCUACAUGGGAAAAAAAAUGGGAGCUUGACUCUUUAGUUUCUUUUUUAAAAUUAUCUCAUAAUUAUUGGAGUAAUACUAAGGAUGAUAGAUUUUUAACGAAUAAAAUUUGCAUAUUAGAAAUACAUACAAUGCAAGAAUUUAAAAAUGAAGCUUAUAAAUUUUCUAGAUUAACAAGAACUACCACUGAAACCUUGAUGAUGGAAGGAAUUGGAGCGCCUGUUAAAAGAAUCGGUCUUGUAAAAUCACAAUUUAGACCUUCAGACGAUAGUACAACAUUUCCUUUCUUAAUUCCAUCCAACGCUUUUGCUUCAGUUGAACUUUCUCAUCUUUAUGAGAUGAUUGAUACCACAUCACCUGAUAUUGCCAAGAAAGCUAAAAAUUUAUCUCAAAUAAUACGUGAUUCUAUCUAUUCAAAUGCCAUAAUUCCACAUAAACAUUUUGAAAAUAUUUUUGCGUAUGAAAUUGAUGGUUAUGGUUCAUCAAAUUUAAUGGAUGAUGCAAAUUUACCAAGUUUAUUAAGUUUACCUUAUUUUGGAUUUAUUGAUAAUGAUGAUAAAAUUUAUUUGAAAACUAGAGAUUUUGUUUUAAGUGAUUGGAAUAAAUUUUGGUUUAAUGGAGAAAAAUUUCAGGGAGUUGGUAGUCCUCAUACAGGGUUAGGUUACAUUUGGCCAAUGAGUCUAUGUAUGAAGAUUUUAACGUCGACAAAUGAUCAAGAAAUUUUAGAAACUUUAGAAUUACUUAAAGAAUCUAGUGCUGAUACUGGAUUAAUGCACGAAUCUUUUUAUUAUAAUGAUCCAAAUAAUUAUACAAGGUCAUGGUUUGCUUGGGCUAACAGCUUAUUUGGUGAAACUAUUUUACAUCUUGCAAAGGAGAAACCAGAUUUAAUCAUGAUAGAUGAUUUCAAAUUUAUAAAAUUAUUGGAUGCAUCCAAAUGAUAUCAUAGCGUUAUUUAUAGAUUGUUAAAAAUUAUGUACUGUAUAAAUAUUUAUUCUGUGUAUAAAUAAUAUAUUAAUAAAA